AUGUGGUGUUGUACCUUGUUCUUAUUCUCUUUGGUUUUCACGCCGUACGCACUGACAGAAAUAAUACUAUCAGAAAGAGUGCCAGUGACUGAGGAACAUGAUUUAGACGAACAUGUUGAAGUUGAUGACAGAAUUGUUGGUGGGGAAGAGACUACUAUAGAAGAACAUCCCUACCAAGUAUCUUUUAUCGUCAACAAUUCAUAUUUUUGUGGUGGUUUUAUAUUAAGCGAGUACUAUAUUCUAACCGCAGCUCAUUGUGCUCAAAAUGUCGAUCCCACAACAGUUGUACUACGAGCUGGUAGUUCCUAUCGUAAAAAUGGUACUAUAAUUCCUAUAGCUGAAGUGAAGCCACACCCAGAGUAUGACAACCCCCACUUUGAUAAAGAUGUUGCGUAUAUGAAAACUGUUGAACCUAUAAAGUUCAGUGACACCAUGAAACCGAUAGGCCUGCCGCCAAAAAAUAGACCCUUAAGUGGUGAAAUUAUGGUUAGUGGAUGGGGAAGAACGAAGCAAGGAGCAUCAACGAUUCCCGACCGUCUGAUGCACGUUGAGCUUCCUGUUGUAAAUUUUCUGCAGUGUUUCUUCGUGUAUCCAACAGUUCUGACGGAAAAUAUGUGGUGUGGAGGCAAUUUCUUUUUUGGAGGAAAGGGUACUUGUCAGGGAGAUUCCGGAGGGGCAGCUGUACAGGACGGGAUGGCGGUAGGUAUAGUGUCGUUUGGUAGAGGCUGUGGACAAGCUCUCUCUCCGAGCGUAUUUGCUGACAUAGCGUCACCAACUAUCCGUGACUUUAUAAGCGAAAAUACUGGAUUG